CCUUCCCAUCCCAUUUCUGUGCCCGGCGAAUGCGAAUCGGCAAAUGUGCGGCGAAUGUAAACAAACACACACAAGCCAAGUCCAAUCAAGAAAUUUGUUUUUGAAGUGAGAAAAAUAAUAGUAGUAUCAAAUGACAUCAGAAUUUUUCCAAUAAUGGAGCCUCCUAAACCAGGAAUGAAAAGGGUGACAGUGCGUCCUAAUCGGCCUAAUCCUCUCUUUGAGCAGUGGCUGGAUGAGUGGCGACAAGAAGCAGCAGAAAAAGGAUCUGAUAUGCAAUAUUGUUUUGGCAAGGCUUUGAAAUCAUUGCGAAAAUAUCCAUUAAGACUGAGAAGUGGGAAAGAAUGUGUUAUAUUAGAAUGUUUUGGAAAUCGCUUGUGUCAGCUCCUGGAUAGGAAACUUGUUGAAUAUCGUAAAACACACCCAGAAAUGGAUCUUGUUGAAGAUAAUAUUCCUGCUGAAUUAGAUGCACCUGCUCUAGCACCUGCACCUGCAAAGAAAAGGAAGACUUCCAAGGGAAAGAAAGGCGGAAAUGAUUCUCAGUCCACUAACAGCACUGACACUGUAGAACCUCCUGAGAAAGUUCCUCGCCGCACAGGGGGAAGAGAAUAUGUUCCUGCUUGGGGAUCAGGACCAUUUGCAAUACUUGUAACAUUGCUUAAUCAAGAAGAAAAACCCAACUACCCAGGUUUUAUGCUUAAAGCUGAAUUACAGCUCAAAGCUCAGCCCCUUUGUGAUAAGUCAUUCACUCGACCAGAUCCAGGGUCUCAUUAUACUGCAUGGUCCAGCAUGUCUCAGCUUGUCAAGAAGGAUCUAGUUAGCAGAUGCAGUAAUCCUGCCAAGUUUUCUUUGACUAAUGAGGGACGAGAAAUGGCAAUACGUCUUCGAAAUAGGUACAACGUUGAAAGUAAUGGAGAGUACCAACAAACAAUAGAUUCACCAACAAGACAGACUCGGCCAGUGCCAGUGCAGGAUUGUCUAAGUCCUAAUCAAGAGCCUGAACCUUUACACAGCACUCCUCAACCCAAAUCAAAGGCUCCUUCAGUGUCCCGCAAGGUUACAACUAAUGUAAACAACGGGGAAAUGAGGCCUUCAGUGAGAGCUGUAUCGCCAAUACCUCACAGUAGUAAAGAAUUAAACUGCAAGAGUAAAAGCAGUGAAACUGAUAGACCAUCAAGCAGAAAUUUAUGUGACACUGAGGGAACAGUUGAACUGCAAAGUGGAACCUUUGACGUGCUACUCCUUGUAGAUACUUGUGAAACUGGAGGAGCAACAAAAAAGAAUCACAAUCAAACAGUGUCAGAGCUGACUCAAAUGAAAGUUCCUUUUGAAGUAAGAAAAUUGGAAGUUGGUGACUUUGCUUGGAUUGCGAGAAGUAAAAAUUCAAGAGCUGAUGAAUUGGUUUUGCCAUACAUUGUUGAACGCAAACGAAUGGAUGAUUUGGGGGGCAGUAUUAAAGAUGGGCGGUUUAAAGAACAGAAGUUCCGUUUGAAGCAGAGUGGUAUUCAAAACCUAAUAUAUCUUGUGGAAAGCCAUGGGUCAGAUCAGCAUGUUGGUUUGCCAUUGAGCACUGUACAGCAGGCUGCAGUCAAUACCCAAGUAGUAGAUGGUUUUAUUGUCAAACACACUAUUGACCACAGACAUUCCAUGGCUUACCUUGCUUCCUUGACUCGUAUUUUAGGGCAGACAUUUUUGAAUAAGACAUUGUUUGGAUGCCCAAAAAAGGACCUAGCUGAGUAUACCAUGGCUGAUGACUUCAUUUUCUUAAUGAAUUUCAAGGAGUUUAAACUAUGCACCAAAAAAAAUAGGAAUUUUUCAGUGAAAGAAAUGUUUAUUCGCCAACUAGUUCAAAUGAAAGGUUUGUCUGUUGAAAAGGCGAUUGCUAUUGUGGGACGCUACCCAACUCCCCAAGCCAUCGUCCAGGCAUAUCGUUUCGGAGGAGAUGAAAAUUUGUUGGCUGACAUUCCAUGUCUUGGCACAACUACUUCAAGGAGUGUCGGACCAGCCACUAGUAAAGCUGUACAUUUCUUGUACAAUUCUGCCAAAUUGCGUUAAGCCACCUCAUUUCUGUGCCUGUGCAUUGCCAUUGUCUUACUUUACAACAGAUGUAUUAAAUUACUUAAAGCAUGUUUUUUGAGUUUAUGGAUUUAAUUGUAACUUGAAAUUUUACUUUGCUUGCAGUCUGUUUAGUAAUCUUGAAUAUGAUUAUAGUAAAAUUGUUUCUUUGUUGUUGUUGUUUUUUUUUUUAACGGAAUAAAAAUCAUUUAUUUUUAUACCAAAUA